GGUGACUGUCACGAGCGAGACUUGAUGUGUACACACAAUAGACACAGUCGAGCAAACGAAAAGAGGACUCGCCACUGAACUGUAGUUGAAGAAGAAUAGUAGACUAGAAUUUCACAUUCAAAUUUCAAAAAUGUUCUCUCUUCUUUAAAUCAGAGAGAGAUACAGCGAGAGAAAGAGAGAGGGAGAGAGAUGAUGACUGUCAAGAGAGAAAGAGAUACAAUAACAUCUAGAUCUCCGGCGGUAAUUAACAAUACAAACACAAUGACAAUCCAUGACUCAUCAUCAUCAACACUACCACAAAUUGUAACCCUAAAUUGCAUUGAAGACACCGCCUUCGAGCAAGACUGUCUCUCCGGCAUCGCGAUUAUCAACCACGUCUCUCUCAUCCACCUCGCCGACUCCAAAAUCGACUCGGCCGCAGUCGUUAUUCUCCACUCGCUCUCCUUCCUCCCACGCGCCGCCCAGCGCCGCCUCCGUCCCUGGCAGCUCAUUCUCUGUCUCGGCUCCUCCGAUCGAGCUGUUGACUCCGCUCUCGCCGCCGAUCUAGGUCUUCAUCGCCUUGUCCAUGUUGAUGUUUCCAGAGCUGAGGAGGUGGCGGACACGGUGAUGGCGUUGUUUUUAGGGCUUUUGAGAAGGACUCAUUUGUUGUCGAGGCAUACGUUAUCGGCUUCGGGCUGGCUUGGCUCGGUGCAGCCGCUUUGUAGAGGAAUGAGGAGGUGUAGAGGCUUGGUCUUGGGUAUUAUUGGAAGAUCUGCUUCUGCCAGGUCUUUGGCUACGCGCAGCUUGGCGUUUAAGAUGAGUGUGCUUUACUUCGAUGUCAGCGAGGUAAAAGAAAAAUCAAAUAGAGCCUCUAGCUUUCCACCUGCUGCCCGAAGAAUGGACACUCUUAAUGAUUUACUUGCUGCAAGUGACCUUGUCUCCCUCCACUGUGCUCUUACAAAUGAAACAGUCCAGAUAAUAAAUGCAGACUGUUUGCAACACAUAAAACCUGGAGCCUUUCUUGUUAAUACUGGAAGCAGCCAGCUGUUGGAUGAUUGUGCAGUGAAGCAGCUCUUGAUUGAUGGCACCCUUGCAGGCUGUGCUCUGGAUGGUGCUGAAGGUCCACAGUGGAUGGAAGCAUGGGUAAGAGAGAUGCCCAAUGUAUUGAUACUGCCACGCAGUGCAGAUUACAGUGAAGAAGUGUGGAUGGAGAUAAGAGAGAAGGCUAUUUCUAUAUUACAGUCAUUCUUUUUAGAUGGUGUUAUUCCAGAGAAUGCUGGGUCUGAUGAAGAUGAAGAAAGUGAAGUAGUGUAUGAAAAUGAACAAGUUGACAGGCAUGAUGAUGAUGGUGCUGUACAAGGUUCUAUUUCUCAGCAAUUGACAAGUGCUAUUUGUGUACCUACUGAAGGCUCCCGCUCACAGGGCACCACUACUAAUCAGUCAAAGCAGUCUCCAAGUCAUCUUCAAGGAUCAGUUUCAUCCCAUAAUACUCCUACUAGAUCUGAUGUUAAGAGAACUAGAUCAGGUAAGAAGUCUAAAAAAAGACAUGGUCGCCAGAAGUCCCUUCAGAAAAAUGAUGAUAAUUCUAUAUUGGAGAAAGAGAGUACUUCUCACCGAGAAGAUGAUACUACAAUGAGUGGUACCGAUCAAGUCUUGAGUUCCAGUUCACGUUUUGCUUCUCCUGAAGAUUCAAGAAGUAGAAAAACACCAAUGGAAACAACACAAAAAUUGUCUUCUGAACAUCUAUCGAAAUCAAGUCCAUUUCUAAAUAAAUCUGCUGAUUUGCUAAAGGAUGGUUACGUUAUUGCUCUGUAUUCCAGAGAUAGACCUGCACUUCACAUCUCCAGGCAAAGAGUACAAGGAGGUGGUUGGUUUCUAGACACACUAUCGAAUGUCACAAAAAGAGAUCCAGCUGCACAAUUCCUUGUUACUAGAAGCAAGGAUGCAAUUGGUUUGAGAUCGUUUACUGCUGGUGGAAAGUUAUUGCAGAUAAAUAGGAAGACAGAAUUUGUAUUUGCUAGUCAUAGCUUUGAUGUAUGGGAAAGCUGGUCACUCGAAGGUCCUUUGGAGGAAUGCAGGCUGGUCAAUUGUAGAAAUUCCUCAGCUGCAUUAGAUGUGCGCAUAGAGAUUCUUGCAACUGUAGGAGAGGAUGAUGGUGUUACUCGCUGGCUUGAUUAGGUUCAAGAUUUUCCAGAAAAUGAGGCUUGUAUGAUUCAAAAGCUUGCAGGCCGACAUUUUAAUUUGUAUACUGGUCAUGUGAUUGUAUGGCAAGGUUUUUUGGUAAAUUUAGUUGUGCGGUUCAAGUCACGCAUUAUGUUUUUUGUGAAACCUGUCUAUUAGUUGUCAAAACAAAUUUCAAUUUCGUGUAGUCUAUUUUUAAGGACAAAUUACAAUGAAACUUGUAGUCUGGAAGGAAGUAUUUGUUGAUUGUC